AUGUCCGUUCAACCACAAAAUGCCGAUUUUGAAGAGAUGUUCGCGAGGACAAAGGCGUAUCUUAUGAGUGCCAACAAAGAUGGUGUCAGCGUGUAUGAUCAACUCACAAGAUUGAUGGAGCAGGUGUUGGACGAAAACCCAAAUAACAUCGCUAAUGAUCCAUCAAAGUUCAAUGACAUGUUUACACUUUUGCAGCAGCACAGCUUUGUAAAUGGUCAGAGUACCUCAGCAUGCGAUGAACCUUGCCCUGUUCCACCUUCAGAACUAAAACGUCUUGCAGAAAAUGAUCGUCUUUUUGAACGUCCACCACCUGAAACUGUGACUACAAUAGAGCAGCCAGAUCCAUAUACCACUGUUACAACAACGCGGGUGAAGCCUCGUACUGCUCCCCCAUAUGAUUCUGUCGCUCAGAACAACCUUUACUGGGCUUGGGCAGGAUGUGGAAUGAGUGAAGAAGAAGCUUUUUUAUUGGACAGAUCCAUCACAGUGCUGGCUAUGGAAAAAAAAUUGGAAGAAGUCCGAUUUGUUGGAAAGAUUUUUGGCACAAAAAGCAACUACUAUGCAGUUUCAAGCCGUCGCUAUGUAAAGGAAGGUGAAAAAGUGUACAAAGAGGUGAAUACUAUGCCUCGUCCGGCACGACGAAAGUUGGAAGUCCCAGUGCAACCUGAACCAGGUUUUGUGGGAACAAAUCGCCUUUCUUUUUGGGUUACAUCACACCCUGCUGCAGAGUGGAUUCUUUUACCUGAUGUGACCCCACAACAAAUUUGUGCAGGGAGACGAAUCAAACGACUCUUUAGCGGUGACUUAAAUGCAGCUAUUGUAUCUAGUCCUCCAUUUGAGUGGAAUGAAGCUGUUUAUCUGCGUGUACAGUUGAGUCGUAUUGUAAGCGGUACGUAUAUCUCUCCGCUUGGUGCCCUUGAGGAACCAGAGGAGGAUGCUGAGGAGUAUGAUGAGGAAGAUAUUGAAGAAGAGGAUGCUCCCAAGAAACCCAAAGAAGCCAAGUACCAUCCUCUCACGCAGCCGGUAAAGGGAUUUGCCACUGAAGAGGAGGUUGAUGUUACUCAGUGGGCAAAGCUUGACCAAUGGGUUCACUCAGAAGGCUAUAUUUACGAAAAUGGACGGCAAACAAAGGUACCAGAAAAACCAGAGGAGGAUGAGGAAGAAGAAGAAGAGCAACAACAGCAGCAGCAACAACAAGAUGAUGAAGAAGAAGAAGAACAAGAGGAGGAAGUGGAAGAGGAAGAAGAAAAGGAACUCUUCACUCCUAUUCAAUCAGAUUACCUUUAUGCAGUUAUUAAUAUUCCAGAGGCACCAAAACUUGACGAGGAAGAUGAAGAGGAUGAAGAGGAAGAUGCACAAGAGGAAGUUGCUGAGGUGCCAGAGAACGACGAUGACAUGCCACCAAAGCCUGUUACCGAUGAUGAUGUAUCCGAUGAGGACCCCACUAAGAUGAAGGUGUCAGCGUGGACGGUGCGUGUAGUUAAUAAUAACAGCGUAAAACAUCGUGUGGUGGUGGUACGAUCAUUGCGAUGGCCAGGUUCUGUCGCCUUUGUCGCAGAAAGUGGAAAGAAGUGGGGUUGUGUUUACUUUGGAAAUGGACUUAAGAAGACGGACUUCAGCUUUACGCCUACACUGGCUCCCCCGGUGCUCUCAGAGUGUGCCGACAUCACAGAAGUUCAGGAUCCGACACCUGCUACAGAAAAACUCGUUCGCCGUGGUGAGGAUCCACCAGAGCCAGACUCUGAAGAUGAAGUAGAAGACGAGGAAGGUGAGGAGGUGGAGGACAUGUAA